AUGCCGGGCUACUCGUUCAAAAGCAUUACUGUGGUGCCUUCGGCGAAGGAGUUCAUUGACAUAGUCCUGUCAAAAACUCAAAGGAAGACACCAACUGAAAUACACAAGCAGUACCCUAUACCACGAAUUCGCAGUUUUUACAUGCGCAAAGUGAAGACAUGCCAACAAUUUUUCCAUGAUAAGCUUAACUCGAUAGUUACAGAAUUUCCAAUGAUUGAGAAUAUUCACCCUUUUUAUGCAGACCUCAUUAAUGUACUGUAUUCAAAAGACCACUAUAAGCUGGCCCUUGGUCAAAUAAACACAGCCAAAAAUAUAAUCGAUGGUAUUGGUCGUGACCAGGUAAAAAUGCUGAAGUAUGGCGAUUCCCUAUACCAAUGCAAAACCUUGAAGCGUACUGCGAUGUGUACUGUUAUAAAGCGACAGGCUGACAAUCUGAAAUUCUUGGAGGACACUCGUCAGCAUCUUUCAAGAUUACCUUGCAUUGACCCAGACACACGGACUCUAAUUGUGUGUGGUUUUCCUAACGUCGGAAAGUCGAGUUUCUUAAACAAGAUAACGAGGGCUGACGUGGAUGUCCAGCCCUUCCCGUUCACCACAAAGUCUCUGUUUGUUGGUCACACCGAUUAUAAGAAUCUCCGAUGGCAAGUGAUUGACACACCAGGUGUGUUGGACCGACCCCUCGAUGAACACAACACAAUCGAAAUGGUCGCAAUAACUGCUCUCGCCCACCUUCAAGCUGCAGUUGUCUACAUCAUGGAUCUCUCAGAACAAUGUGGUUACUCAAUCCAACAACAAGUUUCACUCUUCAAUAGCCUCCGACCACUUUUCACAAACAAACCACUCGUGGUGGUUGCGAAUAAGUCGGAUGUUCGCUCGCUGGCCGAACUAUCUGACGAAGAUCGUGAGCUGAUCACUUCACUGGUGCGGAUGCCGGACGCAGAGUCUCCCAGCCCGGCCGAUAUGGAGAAGCCCCUCUUCCUCGAAAUGUCCACCCUCACUGAGGAUGGCGUGAUGAAGGUGCGUGCGACUGCCUGUGAUGAUCUCCUGGCACGCCGAGUGGAGGCCAAACUGCGAUCCGGAGCUGCCAGUCUUCGUGAGGGUUCCAUCGCCAACCGGUUGUACGUGGCCUACCCCAAGCCUCGGGCUGGUGAGUCGGUGACGGACCGCCCGCCGGUGAUACCCCCGGCCAUCUUAGAAAAGCGUAAACGCGCGGCAGAGAAGAGCGCCCGUCACAAUAUUUAUGACUUCUUCGACGAGGACAUUGAGGCCAAGCUGAAUGAACUAGAGGCCCAGGAGAAGGAGCUAGAGGAUGUGGGCUUCUAUGAGGCCGGCGAUCUCCGCGACCCCGACGAGGACAAUCCAGAAAUGCAGAAAAUUAGAUCUACCGCCAGAAAGUAA